AUGCCUGAUUAUAUUUAUUGUGAACCUUGUUUAAAAUUGGGGAAAAAAGAUGAGGAAGAUUCGGAUAAAAAUAAUCCAUUUUCACAUUAUGAUAUCAAAUGUUAUAGCAAAAAUAUAAGUACGAGUAACCUUUCUCGUCACUUACUAAAUUUGCAUAAAAUAUCAGAAAAAACUAAUAAUAAUAAAUCCAUUCAAACUCUAAAAAUGUUUCUAAAGCCAACGCCAACAUGUAGCAAGAAUAUAAAAGAUAAAAAAUGGCUCUUAGGGCGAAAUUAUGUUUUGAUGUGCUGCUUAGAUUUAUUGCCAUUUGAUUCUAUAAGCAAUAAUGGGAUGACAGAUUUUCUAAAGAAAUAUAAGAUAAUUGAUUCCUCAUCAGAAUUGCCUAAUAGGACAACUAUUAGUCGGGGAGCACUUGAUGAUGUUUAUUAUUCUAUAAAGACACAUGUUUUAAACCUGAUUAAUGCUGGUCCAAAAUUCUGUUCCAUUACUUUUGAUUUAUGGACCGAUCAUUUCAAGCGGCGAAAUUAUAUUACAUUUAGUCUUCAUCAUUUAGAUGAAAAUUUUGUUUUAAAAUAUUUUACCCUGGCAACCCGAAAUGUGACUCAAAAGCAUACUGGGGAAACCAUAUUAUCGGAGAUUGAUGGUAUCGAAGAGGAGUUUCAUUUAAAAGCCAAAAUAAUACAAAUGGUAACUGAUGCAGGGGCAAAUGUCAAAAGAAGCGUCAGAUUGGGGGAUUAUGAGCAUCAUUUAUGCUUAGGCCAUGGACUACAUAAUUUGGUUACAGUUGAUGGCAUAAAAAAAGUUGCCAGAAUUGAUAAUCUCCUUAAAAAAAUUAGAGAAAUUAUUUCAGCCCUCAGAUAUCGAGUAGCUGAUUUGGAAUGUGAAAUUGAAGAUGAGCAUCGUAAAUGUCUCCAGUCAAUUUAUGAGACAGGUCAUAUCUUGGAUAUUGAUGAUUCUGAUCCAUACCUUGAUGACCAUUUUGAUAACGAAGCGGAUAAUAGAAAUGUCAUUACACCAACCAAUCUAUAUAAUAUAAAAACGUUAGAAUUAAAUUGCCCUACCCGCUGGCACAGCAUAUUAAUUAUGCUAGAAAGUGUUCGUAGCGUGAACAAAAAUCCUAUUAAUAAUGUUUUGAAUAAAAUAGGAAAACAAUGUUUAAAACUUUUUAAUAAUGAAUGGGAUAUGAUUGGCGAGCUUUAUGCCGUAUUAAUUCCAUUCCGAGAGUCGGUGGAAUUUCUUUCCUCCCAAAAGGGAUCGACUAUAAAUCUAGGGUUAUUAUUUCGCAGUGAAAUAGAAACCCACAUACAGAUCAAUAUAUCUGAUUCCUCAGAUAUUAUUUGUUUAAAAGAAAAUAUGCAAAAAAAGCUUGACCAUAGGUUUCCCAUUACUGAACUUCAAAUAUUAGCGACUCUCCUUGAUCCCAGAUUUCAAAAUCUGAAAAUUGUGUCAGAAUAUUUAAAUUCAAAUUCUACUACAUCAUUGCAAUUUUUAACAAGACAUUUAAAACUUUUAGAAAAUGAUAAAAAUGCACAAAGUGAAAUCCAAGUUGAAGAUAAUGGGGAGACUUUCAGUUCUUAUAUCGCCAAAAUAGCUCGUAAACAUUCCAUUCCAGGCAGUGAUUAUAACAAUAUAAGUAAUUUAGAACAAGAAUGCCAUAUUUUGCUAAGCCAAAAUAAUAUCCCAGAAGAGGAUGCAUUAACCUUUUGGAAGAAAAAGCAACUGGAACUUCCUAGGCUUGCUAAUUUAGCUAGGAAGGUUCUUUGUAUACCUGCAACCAGUACACCCAGCGAAAGAAUUUUUUCCAUUGCUGGAUUAAUACUCAAUGCAAAAAGGACUUCUUUAUGUCCCACCAAUCUUGAUAAAAUUCUAUUUAUUCAUGAUAAUUAUAAUUUAGCUAAAUCUGAAUUCUGA